UUCACUUUGUUUGCACUUUUUUUUUAAACAGCUUUCUUUGUUCAACCGUUGCACUUUACAGUUCUACGUUUUAUGGCAUAGUUCUCUGUUUUGCAAAUGCACACUGGUUGGGUGAGGUUAUUUAGUGGAAUGUAGACCUGCUGGUAACAAGUAACCAUGCAGACCUGAGCGGUCCACCCCGUUGAGUGAGAGAGAGAGAGAGACCGCGUGCCUUGCAAGUAAGAUGGGGUUCGGCCGGGACCUGCGGAACUCCCACGAGGGUCUGAUAAAGCUGCAGGACUGGGAACUGAAGCUACUGGAAACGGUAAAGCGUUUCAUGACCCUACGGGUGAAGAGCGAUAAGGAAUACGCCUCGCUCCUGCUCAACAUCAGCCAGCAGGUGGACAAACAUGACAAUUCCUCUCAGAUCGACUAUGUCAGCAGUGUCUCCAAGUCGUGGACUCAUAUGGUGCAACAGACCGAGCAGUUAAGCAAGAUCAUGAAAUCUCAUGCAGAGGAGCUGAACUCAGGACCUCUGCAUCGCCUCACCAUGAUGAUUAAAGACAAGCAGCAGGUGAAGAAAAGUUAUCAAAGCCUCCACCAGCAGAUCGAGUGUGAGAUGAACAAGGUGACAAAAAGUGAACUUGAAAAGUUGAAAUGCACCUACAGGCAGUUAUCUAAGGAAGCUGUUUUCGCACGAGAAAAAUAUAAGGAAGCUGCGGUAAAAGGAAAAGAGACGGAGAAAGCCCGUGAGCGCUACGACAAAGCCACCAUGAAGCUGCAUAACCUGCACAACCAGUACGUGCUUGCAGUGAAGAGCGCGCAGCUACAUCAGGAACAUUACCAUGAGACGGCGCUACCACUGUUACUGGACUCUCUGCAGAAGAUGCAAGAGGAGAUGAUCAGAGCACUUAAGUGGAUUCUUGAGGAGUAUAGUGAAAUCACAAGCCUGUUAACAGAUGAAAUAGUGAAGGUCCACAAGGAAAUACACACAUCCAUUGACCAAAUCGAUCCUCCGUCAGAGUAUGACAACUUCAUUGAAGUUCAUAGAUCACCAGAAGUCAAAGAACCAAAUGUAGAAUUUGAUGUAACGCUGUUGGAGGAAACCGAAAGUCUUCAAGCAAAUGAAAUUCUGUGGAAUAAUUUGACGGCAGACAGUUUACAAGCGAUGCUGAAGUCCACCUCAGAGGAUUUGCUCCUAGCCCAGCAAACUUUACGCUGCAAAGAGGACCUCAUGCUGGACCUGGAAAAGAAAAUAGAAGAAUCAACCAGUGCCUAUGAAAAGAAAUCAGAUGUGGUGUUGUUACUCAGUCAGAAACAAGCUCUGGAGGAGUUAAGACAGACUAUCCAGCUGCUGCGGUGCUCAGAGGUCAAACUCGUAGCACAGAGGGAUCUGCUGGAGCAGAAGAUGCAGGAGAACGAGGGUAAAGAACCACCGCCUGUCGUCAAUUAUGAGGAGGAUGCUCGCUCCAUCAACUCAAUGGAUAAAAGCAAGGACAAAGUAUCAAAGUUUGACACCAUCAGGCACUCAAUCGCCGGAAUCAUCCGCUCACCGAAAUCUGUACUGGGCCCCUCGUCUUUUUUUGACGUGAUCCCCACCAGUGAGAAACCGCUGGGCGAGCAGGAGUGGUAUCACGGGGCAAUUCCCAGGAUGGAGGCCCAUGAGCUGGUAAAGCAGCAGGGAGACUUCCUGGUGCGCGAGAGCCACGGCAAACCGGGAGAAUAUGUGCUGUCAGUGUUUUCAGAAGGACAGCGCAGACAUUUCAUCAUUCAGUUUGCUGAUAAUCAGUACAGAUUUGAAGGCACUGGCUUCCCCACCAUCCCACAGCUCAUAGAGCAUCACUACUCAACUAAACAAGUCAUCACCAAGAAAUCUGGGGUUAUCCUUUUAAACCCUGUCAUAAAGGAUAAGAAAUGGAUCCUCAAUCACGAAGACGUCAUUCUUGGAGAGCUACUCGGCAAAGGAAAUUUUGGUGAGGUUUUCAAAGGAACAUUGCGAGAUAAAACCCCCGUGGCAGUAAAAACUUGUAAGGAGGAUCUACCACAGGAGCUUAAGCUAAAGUUCCUCUCAGAAGCCAGGAUCCUGAAGCAAUAUGAUCACCCCAACAUUGUGAAGUUAAUAGGCGUCUGUACCCAACGGCAGCCCAUUUACAUAGUAAUGGAACUCGUACCAGGCGGGGACUUUUUAUCGUUCCUACGAAAGAAAAAGGAGGAUCUUAAGACAAAACAACUGGUAAAGUUUGCAUUAGAUGCCGCUGGAGGAAUGGCAUACCUUGAGCUAAAGAACUGCAUACACAGAGAUCUUGCUGCUCGCAACUGCCUCGUGGGAGAGAACAACUUGCUGAAGAUCAGCGAUUUUGGGAUGUCCCGGCAAGAGGAUGAUGGCAUCUACUCUUCAUCCGGCUUGAAACAGAUCCCAAUCAAGUGGACUGCACCAGAAGCAUUAAACUAUGGGAGAUACAGCUCCGAGAGCGAUGUGUGGAGCUACGGGAUCCUUCUGUGGGAAACCUUUAGUCUAGGAGUGUGUCCGUAUCCGGGAAUGACCAACCAGCAGGCUCGAGAACAUGUUGAGAAAGGAUACAGAAUGUCAUGCCCGCAAAAAUGCCCAGAUGAGGUCUACAGAAUCAUGCAACGAUGUUGGGAGUACAACGCCGAACAUCGUCCCAAAUUUGCCGACAUUCAGAAAGAACUGGCCGCUAUCAAGAAAAAAUAACCUAGAAUUAAGAAACGGACCAAGAAGCCAAACCCACGAUUCACAUCCAGGUGAUCGGUAAUCUACAGAGAGAAACGCAACAAACGUUUCGCCCUUUAAAUCACACGCUAUUAUCGUACUAAAGAGUCACAUAAUCACUGUGUGAACUGCCUAUGCACCAGCUGUUUUGAGCCAUUUGCAUGGAGUAAGGUCUACACUUUGCUCUGAUGUCAUUAUUAUGCAGAUUUCCCUUGUUUCUUUGUCUUGUAACUACCCACAGUUAAGCUACGUAAGCUUUCGAUAGGUAGCAGUAAACCGCCGAGUAUUUCUGAUUUGAAGUACAUCAUGUUGGGUGAAUUCUGAAAUUGGACUUCGUCCACCCAACAACAAAGGAUUUUUUUUAAACGUCUCAAACAUGAACUCAUUAUGUCAUUUUUAUUUUAAGUAAUAGGACCUUUGUUUGUAAUACAUAAGGACUUUUAUUGUGUUAAAUGUCAGCACUCAUCAAGCAAUAAGACCAAAUGCAUAGGAUAACCUAAGUGCAAUUUAUAAUGAACCGAAAUACUGCAGUCAGGCGGCCUUAGCAGAAAAACCAAACCGUUUGCCGGCUGCUUGCUCAAGUAUUGUGGACCAUUUGAAUGACAUGGACACGGCAUUGAUCGACAGUUUGUUUCAAAUCAUUUCACCUCUUUGUGGUUCAGGCUAUUUGUUCACCCAAACCUAAGAUGAUCAUGAGUUUGAGUUUUUUUUUUGCAUGUAACACAAAAAAGGUGUUUUGCAUGAUGUCCAAACUCGUUCUUUCUAUAUGAAAAUAAAUGGAGACUGGGGUGCUCGAGAUCCAAAACGAUAAAAGGAAUCAUAAAAGCUUUGUAUGAAUAACAAACCAAAAUCAUUAUGUAAUCACUAAAAAACUUUUGAUGAAGAUGCAUCACUCCAGGUUUGAUGUGAUUGGUCAACCUUGACAAACUUUGAUUUGAAUUUAUGAAGCUUCUUUUCACUUUUAUUCAAUGGAUUCAAGGAUUACUCCACUUUCAUCAAAAAAUCUGAUAAUUUACUCACUCCCAUGUCAUCAAAGAUGUUUAUGUCUGUUCAGUCGAGAAGAAAACAUUAAGUGGACCCCAAAAGUUUACAGUUUUAAUACAGCUUCAAACGAGACACAAGGGUCUUAUCUAAUAAAACCAUCAUCAUUUUCACCAAAAAAUCAGAACUUUAAAACCACAAGUUCUUGUCUUGGACUAGCCGUGUGAUACGCCAGUGCGAUCUUAUGCAUUAUGUAAUCACGUCAAAAGGUCACGCAUAACGUAUGUGAAACUACCGCUCCAGUGUGGAGAAAGUUUAAAACGGUCUGCAAGUGUGCGUUUCACAUAUGUAACACAUAUUUCCCUUUCGAUGUGAUUGCAUAAUACGCAAGUUUGCGCUGGCGCAUCACAUGGCUAGUGCAGUACAAGAAGUUGUGUUUAAAAGUACACAUUUUAAAUUUUUUGGCAAAAAUGCCGAUGGUUUCGCUAGAUAAGACUCUUAUGCCUCGAUUGGAUUGUUUAAAACCCGUUGAAGCUGCAUUAAAACUGUACACUGCAAAAAAUUAUUCAAGAAAAAAAAAUUAGUAUUUUUGCCUUGUUUUCAUUUAAAAUAUCUAAAAAUUCUUUAAUAUGCUUUUUCUUGAUGAGCAAAACGACACAAGAAAAUUAGUCUAGUUUUUAGAUCAAAAAUAUCAAAUUUAAGUGAUUUUGUGCAUAAAACAAGCAAAAAAAAUCUGCCAAUGGGAUAAGCACAUUUAUCUUGAAUAUUUCUUGAAUUUAGUGUUUAAGAAAAAUGUUCAAGAUUUUUUUGCUUACCCCAUUGGCAGAUUUCUUUUUGCUUGUUUAAGCACAAAAUCACUUAAAUUUGAUAUUUUGCAUCUUAAUUUAAGAAUUUUUUUGAUAUUUUUUACUGAAAACAAGACAAAAAUACUAAGAUUUUUUUUCUUAAAUCAUUUUUUGCCGCGUAAACUGUUGAGGUUCACUAAAGUUCACUAUAUGGAGAAAAAUCCUUUAAACAAACGUAAUUUCUUUUUGACUGAAGAAAGAAAGACAUAAACAUCCUGGAUGACAUUGGGGUGAGUAAAUUAUCGGGAUUUUUAAUUAAAGUGGAGUAAAAAUUUGUGUGAAUAACAGACCAAAUUUAUCACGUAACAUGUACACUGCAAAAAAUUAUUUUCAAGAAAAAAAAGGAGUAUUUUUGUCUUGUAUUCAGUAAAAAUAUCUAAAAAAUCUUAAAUUAAGAUGCUUUUUCUUGAUAAGCAAAACGACCCAAGAAAAUAACAAAUAGUGAUUUUGUGCAUAAAACUAGCAAAAAAAUCUUGCAUUUUUCUUGAAUUUAGUGUUUAAGAAAUAUGUUCAAGAAAAAUUUGCUUACCUCAUUGGCAGAUUUUUUUUGCUUGUUUUAUGCACAAAAUCCCUUAAAUUUUAUAUGUUUGGUCUAAAAACUAGACUUAUUUUCUUGGGUCAUAUUGUUCAUCAAGAAAAAGCAUCUUAAUUUAAUUUUUAGAUAUUUUAGAAGAAUGUUUUUCUUGAAAAUAAUUUUUUGCCGUGUAGACAUGCCAUGUGAAGAUGCGUCACCCCAGGUUUAAUGUGAUUGGUCUUUAAUUGGAUGAAUUACGGUUUUCAAAAAAUGUGUCUUCCAUUAAAAUGAUUAAUACGGAUUUGAAACUAGACACACAAUUUUUGGUUGAACUAUUACACGGAUAUCACCUCAAGCUCGGUCCAAAACUUACUGUGGUUUCAAUCUCUGUUCAUGAAAAGUUGUUUCUGGUAACCAGCUACCAAAGCCAGUCACAAACACUUUUAUUUGUAUCUAUGAAUUUUGAUGUUAUUCUUGUGCUGUUGCUCUUAUAUUCAGGUUUUCUCUUCUAAACAACACAAACACACAGAUAUGUAUUUACCCGCACAAGUAUUACAGGGUUGGCUAGACCGUUUUGUAUUGUGUUUUUGUAAUCGUCUCCAGCCGUUUUCAUCAGGUGCCAUUGCUUUCCACGUUUGUCACUUUAACUUCUCACCAGCAUACUGCAGUUUAUCCAAGUCACAUAAUUUUCUCGUUCCAUUUGCAUUACAAAAAAAAUGGAAUAGUGGUUCGUUCGAGGUUUAUUCUGUAACAAGCAUUCCUUUUGUAUUUUGUAAAUAGUUUUUGUAGAUUCACUAAUGUAAGAAUUUUUAAGGUUGUUCGUUUUUUCACUGCAAAAACUAUUGUGGACGUCUAUCAGGAAUACGCCUCAACUUUCAUUGUGUUGUUUUUACAACUUUAACAGUAACGACUGCUCUAAUAUUUGCACAUUUGGACGAAGUAAAGAGCGUUUUCUUCCAAAGAUGUUCUAACGCAGCCAAAAUUUCAUCUGGAAUCAUGCAAAAGUGGUGACAAUUCCUACAUAAAGCUACUGUAUAGUGCAGAUUUGAUUUAUAUUUUGCAUUAUUCAAAAUGGGUUCUCAAAUGUUAUUGGUUGUUUUUUUGAGUGAAGCUGAGCUUACGUCGAUUCAACUACUGGUCAGUGAGCUCUUCGAUUAUUCUCCUUUUAACGUCAAAGCAGUUAUCCCUGUAGUGUGUUUGUUUCUUUUUAUUUAUUUGAAAUACUGUAAUAUUAUUCUAGCAUUUUAAUCGUUGAGCUUUUUGUACCAUCUACCGUAACGUUCUACUGUCAGCGUAUUAAAGCGAACGCCAGUAUUUCUCUCAACUUAUUUUGACAUUUGUGUUAUCGUAACUAAAGUCCCAUGGGGAAAAUAUUCCAACAUUGCAAGAACAACGAUGAAUCAGUUUAAAUUUGUUCAGCCCAUUUGUUCAUCUUUUAUUUUAUUGCAGUUCAUUUUCCCCGAAUUCCUAAACUUUGCUCUUUUCUGAACUAUUUAUUUCUGUGAUGAAAAAUUUAUAUAUUGCACUUUUAACCUUUUUAUGCUUUUAAAAACAUCCCCUUACAUAUAUAUACAAGUUGUAAUGGUCGUCUUGAUUUGGUGAAAAUCUUGACAAGAGUGGAAAAUCAACACUGGAAUUUUGAUCGUCAAACUAAUGCUUGUAAUAAGCUUCACUCCACCCACCUAAAUAGGAAAUAUGCCAAGAUAAAUGGUUGACAUUUAAAUCUGAUCCUGUAUUCAUGUACUUUUUUCAUCUGUGUCUAUUGUAGCACAUCUCUGAUGGACAUUCAACUAUAACAAUGUCUGCUUAUUGUUUAUAUUGUACACAUGCAAUAAAGUUUUUUUUGAGUCUC